AUGAUAUAAAAUUCUACUCGUAACCGUUCUGAACAAUUAAUAUACUAAAGACGAUAAUAGGAACAGUAUGUGGGCAAAUUGAACACGAAGCUUCGAUAGGAACAUUACGAGAAAACAUUUGCAGCCUGGGAAAAUAAAGGAAAAGAUAUUGCCAAUUGGUAGUAUACAAAGAAUAGACUUCAAUAAAUUCGUUCUGAAGCUGAAGCCAAUAAGAAUUAAAGGAGAGAAAAACUAGCGUUUUUACUUAAUGCAGAGCACGAGCAAUAUCAAUAAGAGAUAAAAGCAAUGGUUGAAACUCCAGAAUAGGUCAAGGAAAGAAUGAUGAAAGAAGUUGCUGAAUUAAAACAAAGGAAGGAGGCUGAAAGAGCUAGAUAAGCAGAUGCUGCAUAUGAUCGUAGAUUUAGAGAAAAUGCUGAUGAACUCAGAAAGGUCAAUUAGCAAUUUAAUGAAUUAUAAGCAGUGGCAUAUAGAAAUAUGCAGAUGAUGGAUAAAUAAAAACAGUUGGAGGAUCAAUAUGAGGAGGAAAUGAUAUAUGCAGAAUUGUAUAGAAGGGAAAUACUUAAAAAGGAGAGGUUGGAAAAGGAGAAGGUGUUGGAACAAAAGGCAAAAGUAGAUGAACGCAAUAAGGUGUUGGCUGUACAAACAAAAAUGAAUGAAGUUAAACAUUAAAAAACAAAGGAAGAAAUCAAAUCGGAAAAAUUUUUUUUGGCAAAAUCACUUGCGGACAAGGAUAGAAAGAAGAAUGGAAAGGAGAGGAGGAAAGACACAAUUAAAGGGAAAAUCAAUAUAUGCAUUAUAAGAAGGAAAUUAAUUCAGAAAUUGCAUUAAAUAAUGAAAAACAAAAGGAAUAUAAAAAACAAAUUAAACAGCAAGAGAAGAUUGAGGACAAAGAUAUGA